AUGGACGGCCCUACCAUUGGCGAUGACGCCCUGCCCUACGCAAGCAUGAAUGGGAAGCUGGACUCCCACCUGCUUCAAGCCCUCGAUGUGAUGGGCUUCACCCACAUGACGCCAGUACAACAAAAAGUUCUGACUGAGCUCCCGGACUGGAGCGCCGACUGUCUCGUUCAGGCUAAGACGGGAACAGGCAAGACCCUGGCCUUCUUGCUCCCGGCCUUGCACCGGAUCCUGAACCCGGUGGAUGGCCGGACACGCCGCAAAGGGCAGGUCGCUGUCUUGAUCAUUACCCCGACUCGUGAACUGGCGCAGCAGAUCGCCAAAUCCUGCGACCAGCUGACUUCGCAGUUGCGAUCGCCACUGGAGUGCCACAUCGCCGUCGGAGGCACCGCCCGUGCGUCGGCCCACAACCGAUUCAUCAACGGCGCACCAUCCAUCCUCGUUGCGACCCCGGGCCGGCUGAAAGACUACCUCUCAGACGACUACACUGCCGAGCGACUCUCCGACAUCCAAACUCUUGUCCUCGACGAAGCAGACACCAUGCUCGAGACCGGCUUCCUGGCUGAUGUCAAGCGAAUCCUGCAGCUGAUCCCGAACAAGAAGAGCGCGGGCUGGCAGGGAAUGUGCUUCUCAGCCACGAUCCCGCCUAAAGUGAAAGAUGUCGUCAACGUUGUCCUCCAGCCGGGCUACAGCAACAUCACCACGAUCGAAGCCAAUGAGGCGCCGACCCACGAGCGUGUCCCACAGUACCACGUCCUCAUCCCCGCCGUCACCGACACUUUCACCGCCAUGACUGCGCUGCUCGCCCACGAAACCGCCAACAGUAAGAAAAUCAUCGUCUUCGGCGUUACAGCCAACAUGGUUGCGCUCUUCGCCAAGGUCUUCGCGCAGGGCUUGACCGACCUCCCCGUAUUCGAGAUUCACUCGCGUCUGAACCAAGGCGCACGCACGCGCACCACGGCGCAGUUCAAGGACGCCGAAGCCGGCAUCUUGUUCGCCUCGGACGUCAUCGGCCGCGGUAUGGACUUCCCGAACGUCGAUCUCGUUGUGCAGGUCGGUUUGCCGUCCAACGGCGAGCAGUACGUGCACCGCGUUGGGCGAACCGCACGCGCAGGUAACGACGGCCGCGCCGUCAUCCUGCUCACCGAGUCCGAGUCCUUCUUCCUCAAGGCGAACCGCCACCUGCCCAUCAACCCGCAUCCAGAUACGGCGGCCAUCGUGCAGGACGCCGCGGCGCGCGCGGAGGAGGUCGAGCAAGCGAUGUACCAGGUCGACGAGGAGACGAAGCAGCGCGCGUAUUCGUCGUUCCUCGGCUUCUUUGCCGGCUCUGGGCUGAUGAAGCCGCUGCGGCUGGAUAAGCCGGGGCUCGUGCAGCUCGCCAACGACCUGGCGAUGCGCGGCAUGGCGUGCCCAGAGCCCCCGCCCAUGGAAAAGAAGGUCAUUGGGAAAAUGGGCCUGAAGGGCGUGCCGGGCUUCAACUAUGCCAGUGGGACGGCCGACUCGAGGGGUGACGGACCUGCCCGGUCGCUUGGCAAUGGCCGCAAGCCGAGGGAUCCGUUGAGUCCCGGGGCUUGUGACGGAGAGCGUCGCGGCGGUGUUGAGAAGACGAGACGUGGAGGAGGAGGUGGUGGUGGUGGGCGUGGACGUGGAGGACGUCGUGGCGGACGCGGCGGGAAGCCCCGGGCGUCUUGA